CUGAGGAUGAUAGGUGUGAGAGCUGCUCUGCCAGGAUCCCCAUUCCUUCCUUUCACUGAAAUCAAACUGCAGGUCUUGUGCGCUCUGACCAAUCAGCGGCCAGGUGAGGUGAGUUUCCGCCAAUCAGGUGAGGCCUGGGGCAGGCACAUUGUGACGUCACGGCAGAGUUCCCCAUUCGAACGUUCGGCGAGCCGAGUGAUACAUUGUGUCCGCAGCCAUGGCCCUGACCGGGGGGCCCGUCCCCAGCACCCAGGGGCUCCCCCGAGCCUUCCUGCACAGCCUGCGGACCCUGUUCGACAUCCUGGACGACCGGCGGCGGGGCUCGGUGCACAUCCAGGAGAUCGAGAGCCGCUGGCAGGGGGCCGAGACCCGGGAGCUCCCCCUCGGGGUGCUGCACUGCCUGCGGAAGGUGGCGCCCCCCGACGGAUACCUGACCUUCGAUCGCUUCGUCCUCGGACUCCGCACCUCAAUGCUCAAUAGCCAGAACCGGGAGAACUGCCAGGCGGGGGCCCCCAGGGGACCGUGCAAGGGCCACGGCGCCAAACCUGCCCCUCUGGGGGUCCGCUACCUGAACGGGGUCCGGGAGAACCCCCCGCAGUGUGAGAGCUCGGCCGCCGCCGCCUAUCGGGGAGCCCCGGGACUGACACACGGUAAUGGGGGGCUCGCAUUCUGGGGGGGGGGAUAUGAUAGUAUGGUGCAUGUUCGGGGGGUGCGCAGGGGCUUAGGGGAGCGCUCUGGGGGUGCACAGGGAUUCGGGGGGAGCACAGGAGCAGCUGUAUGUUUUCACGGAUUAUCACAGUUUGCAAAUAUUUCAGUGUUUCCAUUUAUUGUUGUUGGGAAUUUUUGCAGACAGGUUUUUUGUUUUUCUCCCACAUGCUCACUGACCACCUGUGUGUAUCCUUCAUUUCUGUCAAUAUUGUCUAAUUACAGCAGCACCUAACCAAAUCUAUCUCAUGUUAAACCUACAAUGCUCAUUGUAUCACAUUAACCGGCCAAACGUAUUGUGCUGUAAACUGGAAUCAGGGUUCUGUUUGGGUAAAUAAUUCUAAAUAAAAUGAUGUAAUAGAAACAAUCCACUCUGCAGUUGGUGCAAUAAAUAUCGUUUGGAACUGACAUCUGAUUCUCUGCAGAUUGAUUUCCGAAUGGUAAAAUGUCGAUAUAGAAUUAGAACUUCAAUCCUGACAUAUCUGAUGUUUACAUAUUGCCAAUGUCAUAUCAGCCCCUGGCUACUCAGACAUUAGUGAAUGACCUCCCAGGGCUAUUGGAAGAAGUCACAGUGACUGGCAAACUGACUUGUUUUUUCCAUUUUGCCCUGACACUUGAAAUUCACUCUCAAUUUCAGACAAUUCUCACUUUUUCAUAAAUCUAGAGAACUAGUAGAUAUUUUUGACCAAAAGGUGUUUUUCAAACCAUCCAUUUUUGCAGCAUUAUAAAGAAAGUGUAUGGUGUGUGUGUGUGUGUGUGUGUGUGUGUGUGUGUGUCUGUCUGUCAGUGAGUGGGUUUAGGACUGUUUUUAACUGAACAUACCCUCUCUCUGCACAGGGCUGUGUCCUGUAAAGUUUUAUUAAUUGUGUUUUCUUGUUACUGUUAAUUUUUAUACAAUCAAUAGAACAACUUGUGGUUGAGUUUCCCAGAGCUUUGUUGGGUUUCCAGCAAUGAAAGGGUUAGUUCUGAAUUCCAUGUCUAGGGUGGGCUCUGCAAACACCAGCCCCUCCACCUAUUUGUUAAAGCCUUGGCUUCCUUCACUUCUGCAUGAUGUUACUUUUAGCCCCCAGCCCCCUCUAGUUAACCCUAUUAUAGGACUUACUACUUAAUCUGACUUUUUGGCACACACAUAGACCCCCUGAUCUUCCAAUUACACCUUUUUAAUGUCAUUAUAGUUGAUUAGAUAUUAAAGUAAUUACAAUACUGAAGCUCUAAUUAAAGAGAAAAUGUUCCUUUGGAAAUCACGUCACUGGAUAAAACAUUAAAAAUCACCUAUAACUUGUGUUAACCUUUUAACAUGCUCUUUUUUUUUUGUUUGUUUUUAAAUGUAUACUAAUAAUAUAUCAAAUUAUCAUAUCACAAUAGUCAUCUCCCGUGUUACUAGACUACAACUUCCAUAAUUCUUCACUAGCCUGAAUUUGCCAGGGAAUUGUGGGAGAUGUAUGCUAAAGGAUGGAGUACCAAUGGAGGAGAUCUUCGGAUUACAAGGUUGACUAGUAAAUGCUAAGCACCGAGACUGGAAGGUCAAUCCCAGGGUUUUGGGCAGUGAUAUCUGUGUGUACUGGGACCUCGAAGGACAUUUAGGGGUUUAGACUAUGAGAGGAGAGCUUGUUUUGUCUUUUGUGGUUCUUAAUCUUUCUGAAAAGAUUAUUUCUUCCACCCUGGAAAGAUGGACCGGGUAUUCUUCUGUUUAUCCAUAAUAUCACAUGUGUAGAUCUAAAGUCAGAUGAUUUGUACAGAGGUUUGUAAACCAAUCUUAGAACUGCAGUGAAUCGAAAAAACAAAUGGGACUAUUUAGGCUGAAAUGUUAAAACUUUGGCUAGUGCGGAGUUGGAGACCUUUAUUUUUUUUUAUUUUAUUUUUUUUAUUCCUCCUGUUUUGACUACAUUUUGCAUCUAGGGAAAUGUAGUUCAGAAACAUGUAAGGUUCCAAGAUUAGUGAUCACUGUUGAAACCUUCUUUUUUUUUUUUCUGGGAGAAAAAAGGCACUCUUUACAUUACUGCAAUUGUCCCUGUAGUGGCGGUCACCCAGACGGUCACUAGAUGUGCUUCCUGGGCAGCACUGACCUUCAGCGUCUAAACACUUUGGGGAACCUAAACUUUCCUCAUAGUAAUGCAUUUCCACGAGGAGAUGCUGAUUGGUGCAGUGUGGCCUUCUCCUGCGCAUGCACAAUAGCCUCAUAAUGCUUUCCUAUUGAAAAGUAUUGAUUUGGCUGAGAUAAUAGUUUGCUGUCUGCAAAGGAUAUGGGGCAGGGGCAGCUAACCUGUGGCAAACCUGUGUUGUGUUGGAUAAAAGGUGAGUUUUAUUACAUUUUUAGAGUUCCUGGGGGGGGGGGUUAGAGUGGCCUAAAUGGCGAUUACUGCUAUAGUGACCUGAAUACACGUCUUUAUCCCAGUCACUAAAGUGAUAGUGUUUCUUUAAUAUAUUUAAAAUUGGGGUGCAUUUAUUGUUUUGGUAUCGGGAUUCUUUUCUCUCUUUGUAUUCUAAUUGUCUGGUGUGUAAUCCAAUGUAUGCAUGUACUUAUCCUCUAUUCCUUUCCUGGACUAAUAGUUCUGAUGUGUUUUAGUACCUGUGUGAGCAAUGGGAUUUGCUAGAUUUAAUAUUAUGUUGGAGAUAUGCAAGGCUUUUCCCUGCAGGUAACAGAAUGGUUACACUGAGCAAGUUUGGUUCUUGUAUAUUAAUACUGUGUCUUCCUUUACAUUCGUAGUUUAAUUGUGUGUGUGUGUGUGUAUAUGUGUGUGUGUGUGUGUGUGUGUAUACACACACACACACACACACACCAAAAUUUUUUAAAAUAAAAAAAAUAAAUGAACACAGGUUAUAAGUGAUUAUAAAUGUUUUAUUCAGGGAUGUAAGUUACAGAGAAGUGACCGUUACCCUUUAAAUCCAGUUCCGUAUGCUGUAAUUGUUUUCAUUUAGGCCACUUUUUUUUGUGUGUUUUUAACAAUAUUUAAAUAGAAUUUCUAUGCAAAAAAACAGAAGUUACCAUGUUUACAGCUAUCCCAGCCGGUCUGACGCCAUCACGCCAAUGGAUGGAGCCAGGAACGUCUUACAGGGAACAAAAACGUAAUAGAUACUUUGCGGGGUUUUGUUUUUUUCACUUUUUAUUUUUUUUUUAUUUUUAUUUUUUUUAUAUAUAUAUAUAUAUAUAUAUAUAUAUAUAUAUAUAUAUAUAUAUAUAUAUAUAUAUAUAUAUAUAUAUAUAUAUAUAUAUAUAUAUUCUUCAGUUUAUGAAAUAAAGGGUUUCACUCUCUGCAUUAAUCUGGACUUAAUUUCUGCAAUUGUUUCUAUAUUCCAUGGAAUAUCACCUGUCAUGUAAAAAUGUUAUCAAAGUCUGUUUGUACAAUGUGAAAUGAGAGAUAUUGAGUUUUAUGGGUGAAUAUUUCUAAAGAAAGACCAGAUUUUAUGCACUAAACAGAGAAUUGUCAACUGAUGUGUGCAGGAAAUGCAAUUUUAGGCCAAAUUAGGUGAUCUGGAAUGAUUUUAUUUUAUGCUACUAUUUUUCCCUGUUAGAAAUUCCAUAGUCCAUUGCUGAAGGUUCCCAGUGCAGGGAUUGUCCUUGAUGUCUCCAGAGAGGUGGUUUCUCCAGAACAUUCAGGGUUAAUCUGACUAAUCAUGUUAAAUGGGAUGCUAUCCUUCCCUGCCGGCCAGGCUCUUAUAACACUUCCUUGCUGUUUGUUCUUUAUAAUCUUGCUUUGGUGGGACAGGAGUUUACAAGAAGAGUCUUGUUUGUUUUCUUUAAACCUCUUAACUGUGAAAUGCAAGAAUGCCUUUUAAUAAAGACUGGUUAUAUGGGAUGUGUUUAAAACCACACGCCCUGCGUCCUUUGGACUUGUAUAGCAUCUGUGACAAGCCUUAUAGAUUUCAUAAAAUAGUCUUUAAGCAAGCUCUGCCCUGGGACUUAAAGGGACACUCUACUCCCCAAAUUCAUAAUAAAUAAAAUCACUCUUUAGUAGAUAAGCUCCCAGUGAAAACAUGCAUGCAUUUAAUUAUGCUUUUAAAAAAAAUAAGGCCCUGCGCUCAAACUCCUACUACGCUUGAGAGGCAGCAAUGACUAUAGUAUAAUAAGCCCCAAUACUUGGAAUAAAACCCAAAGAAGAAGAAAGUAACUUGCGCGCUGUCCCAAAUCCCUAUGCAUAUUUAAACAAUUUAGUAUCAAUCCAAUGGCCAAUUUAGUAUCAAUCCAAUGACACAUCUAGCCAAAACCUCUCAGAUGAGUCCUACACCAACAAUGGUUUUUACACUUUUCUGAAACCCCUAGACGUUUAACAGUGAACACAUUGGGUGGGUGGCAGUACUGUAACAUGGCUGUGUGAUAUAUAUAAAUACCCCUCUCUGUCUCAUUAUUAUAGAUUUUACCUUUUGGCCGAAGACAGCCAAGUGAAUUGUUAGUGUGGUACUCACCUAAGUUUUGCCUUGAUGUGGCAGAUGAGCUUCUACUUAAACCUGCAGUCUUCUAAAACCUGUUAGAAGUCCGCCCCUUCUAACACCGCCUAGACAUUCUGUGACUGUCCAAUCACAGACUAGCUCAAUGAGAAGUCUGCUGCAUCUUGAGUUUAUCUCCGCUGAGUUAACCAAACCAGGAAGUAACAGCACCUGUUGUCUGAAUCACAGACAGUUGUAACAAGGUUCAUUUAUAAAAGUGUCAAUUCUAUUUCUUCACACAGUAAAGCAUUUCAGCAAGAUAACGUGCUUUAGGUGUCUGGAGUGACCCUUUAAGACAAGCUAUUCAGAGGUUUAUUCAUUUAACUAGCAAAGCUGAAGAAUUGAAAAGAAAAUUACAUGUUGGGCUAGAAUACCAGAACGAAAAAAAUGUCAGUUGUGUUCCCCACCAAAAAAAACUUUGCUAAUGGGGGGGGGGUCUAUAGUUCACCACUAUUGAAAAUCCGCUGAAUAAUCCCCUCCAUGUGAAUGAUUACUGGCUACUGCAGGUAAAAUAUCUACCUGAGCAAGUCCAGAGCAGGAUUGUUGCAUCAUACCGUCUUAGUGUAAGAGAGAUGUCUGUGAGAAGCAGGCUUGUUAAAGCAAUAUAACCGCCCCCGAGAACAAGGGUAAAUAGCAAGUAAGGGAGUAUACAGAAUAAUCAAUGUGUAUCUGUCAGAAAUACACUCAAACACACUGGCUGCUGAUAAUGUACUUUGUGUGAGCAGGUCCAAUGUCUGUAAACGGCAUUAUUCAGCAUGUUUAAAGAGUAAACCGUCGCCUAUUUAAUUUUAGCAAAACCUAAUGGCCAAAUGAAAGUUAGUUAAUAGUUUUCUUAAUUUUUACUAUCCUGUUUCUUUUAUUUUCAUUUGAAAGCUUUGCUCAGCAAAGUAUAUAAAUUGGUACACUUGCAGUGCUGCUAUCUAUGGGUUUGUUCUGUUGUGCGAGCCUGGGGCAUCCUAGGUCAGCAAAGUUAGGGCGAUAGGGAAGUUGAGCAGAGGAAGUUUUUAUUUUUUGUUUUGUUUGUUUUUGCUUUGCCUUAACUGCAUCUUUAUCCCAGUAAAAGGAUAAAGGAACAAGCGACUGUCACUUUUCUUAAAGUUCCUCGUUAAAAUACAGUGCGACAUAUUUCUCCCCAAAUAAUCCGGUUCUGCAGCGCUUGAGUAUCAGGUCUGAUUGAAUACGUUGUGCAGAGAGUGUCCUCUUCGUAACUGAUUCUGGAAAUAAAGCAAUCUGUUAAUCGGCUGUUACCAUGUCGAUAUUUAUCGAAGUGUUCCGAUUUGAAAAGUUUCGCAUUUUUAACCCUUACGGGUGGAGGCAGUUGUCCAAGUUUAGCAUCAAACAAAACCUAUGUGCACUAUGUGUUGCACAGUAAUUUAAAGAGUUACUUCAACCCUUGUUGUCUAGACUUGUUAAAGUGACACUGGUCACCCAGACCACUUCAGGUCAAUGAAGUGGUCUGGGUGCAAUGCCCCUCAGGUUUUAACUCUUCAGAUGCAAAUAUAGCAGUUUCAGAGAAACUGCCAUGUUUACAUUUGGGGUUAAUCCAGCCAAUAGUGGCCGUCUUCCAGACAGCCACUAGAGGCGUAUCUGCGACGCUGGAGGCACAUUUCACAUUAGGAAAGCAUUGAGAAAUGCGCGCGCGGCACUUGCUUGUUUUGAUGUUCACAUCCCCAAUGAAGGCACUUUCAGUGGUGGACAGGGGUCGUCAUAAGCACUUUGAACGUUCUGUGGCCUCACAGCCCCAUACGCUGGAAACUGCGAUGCACUGUGUGCUCUGAUACCUUUCUACCAUGACAAGCAUUAAGAUUUUCGGCAAUAUGAGCUACAGUAUCUCUUCUGUUUCUCCAGACAGGAUAACAUUUGCUCCCUACUUGCAUUAAUGAGCCUUGGGCACCCAUUAAAGGACCACUAUAGUGCCAGGAAAGCAUACUCGUUUUCAUGGCACUAUAGUGCCCUGAGGGUGCCCCCACCCUCAGGGUCCCCCUCCCGCCCGGCUCUAGAAAGGGGAAAAGGGGUAAAACAUACCUUUUUCCAGCACUGGACGGGGAGCUCUCCUCCUCCGUUCCUCCCCGUCGGCUGAAUGCGCACACGCGGCAAGAGCUGCUGAUUUUCACAGUGAGAAUCACGCAAGCGCCUCUAGCGGCUGUCAAUGAGACAGCCACUAGAGGCUUUGGGGGAAGGCUUAACCCAUUUAUAAACAUAGCAGUUUCUCUGAAACUGCUAUGUUUAUAAAAAAAAAAAAUGGGUUAAUCCUAGCUGGACCUGGCACCCAGACCACUUCAUUAAGCUGAAGUGGUCUGGGUGCCUAGAGUUGUCCUUUAACCUUACGCCGGUUGUCCUUCCUUGCACCACUUUGGUAGGUACCAACCACUACAUACCGAAUGCACGCCACAAGACUUGUUGUUUUGUCCAGCCAUCACUAUUUGGCCCUUGUUAUAGUCACUCAUAUACACUAUACAUGGAAUACAAGAACUGACUGCUCACUUGCUGUCUAAUAUAUCCCACUCCUUGACUGGGUCCAUUGUCUCGAUCUAUUCAAUGUAAUUCACUUCACCUGGCACUGGUUUAAUGUUGUGUAUGAAUAUUGAAUAAACAGUGGAAACUCAACCUGUUUUAUGAAAUGUUCUGCUGUCUUUAAUUUUUAUAUAAAAAAUGUCAGAUGACAUGAUAAUCCAGUUUAGUCAAAGCACGGCCAGGGCACACAUUGCAAAUGAAGAAGAGAAACGGUUUAAUUUCUCCUCCACACUGUCUACUCUCUAUGUUGACUGCCAGGAGUAAUGGACUGAGCUUAUAACAAAUAGUAACAGGGAGUGAAGAAAGAGAUCCAGUUUCUGUAUAAAGCAGUGCAGGUUUUAUUUAUCACACCCAGGGCCGGCACUACCUGUUAGGCGGACUAGGCAGCGGCCUAGGGCACCCCUUGGGAAGGGGCGCCGCCAGGAGCGCCGGCCCCCCUCAUGCUGCAGCCGCCCGAGCGCUCUGUAGAGAGCCUCAGGCGGCUGCAGCUUUGCCCUGGCUGGUGCGUCCAUGAGGGCGCAGCAUGAGGAGAGGGGCAGACAGGAGGGAAGCGAUCAGCGCUCCCUCCUGUCACUCCCUCACUGUAGCGUGGCCGAGCCCUCUAUGGUCCGCGGGUACAGGGAGCAUCUGUCUCCUGUACCCGGCCGUACUAAAAUUGAGUGAGCACUUCCUUUUAGUCCGGCCGGGUACAGGAAACAAAAGCUCCCUGUACCCGCGGACCAUACAGGGCUCGGCCACGCUACAACAGAGGUGGGGGGGAGAAAGAGAUUGACAUCCAUCACACACACACACACAGAAUCACACACAAUGCACCCCUUACACACAAAGACAAUGCACCCCUUGCACACACAAAAAGCUGUGUAAAGGGCCCCAAAAAAUGGAGCUGCUUCCUGUUCUCCCACAGUUACAAACAGCCUCCAGAGAGCCUGUUCUGCACCAGACCAGUGGAGCCAGACUGCAGCUAGAGCCCAUCAGCAUCCUCAUCUAGUUGUAAGUAGGCAAUCUAGUAUAUUAUUUGUGGCACUAAUCUCUAAUUUACUUCACAUUAAACACUAUAGUCCCCAGAACCACUGCAGCUUAAUGUAGUGGUUCUGGUGUCUAUAGCCUGUCCCUGCAGGCCUUUUAAUGUAAACACGGUGGCACUGCAGCACUGGCGUUAGUUAACAUGGCAGAUCAUAUGGGUGGGGCAUUGUGAUGUCACAUGGGGGGGCGGCAAACUUUACUUUUGUCUAGUGUGGCAAAAAUCCUUGCAUCGGCCCUGAUCACACCUCAAAAAUACACAUUUGUUUAAUAUAGGUAAAAGUAAACCGAAUAUAAAUAAUUCUGAGAAUUCCGUUCCUCUUUACGGUUAGAAUAAAAUGUUAGACUAGAUUUAUCACUUGCUCCCUGACGAAGGUGCAAUGGCGCUGCACCGCAAUGUGCUGAAGUACGCCUGGAGACAGAGUCACUGGUGUAAAAAUUAAUAGGAAUUGAACCCCUUGCUUAAGUAGGCCCAGGAAUCUUACCUGGAGACUGAGAUAUAGUUGUUGACUUUUUUUAAGGACUAGGAUCCUGUGAAUCUGUCCCAGGUUUAUACCUGAAGACAGAGGUGUCUUGUAGGUCGCAGAUUGUUUUCCUUGUGACUGAGGUUCCAAUCUAAUACAUCCCGUCCCAACCUCCUUGGCACAUGGACAUUUAAAGCCAGUGAGCUUUAGACCUAUAUAGGGUAAAAGUGUUUAUUUUUUAUUAAGUGUUCUUGCAUAGCAAGACCACUUAAUGUUAUCUCACAUAUAUAUUAUUAAGUGUUCUUGCAAGAACACUUAUUGUUAUCUCACAUAUAUAUUAUUCUUAUUAUAGCCAAAUUUGCCACCCUAACUCCUCCCACAGUGUUUACACUACAUAGACCAAAAUUUACCAAAACGUGCAGAUUGUUCCCGAUCGGAUUGCUAUUACUUUGUGGAACGUUUCGCCGAAUGGUUCACGGAAUAUCGUCGUUCUUGUGGCGCAAUUUGUCCCAUAGGAAUGAAUGGCAAAGCUAGAGUGGGAGCUGGCAAAAGCUGAAAAAUCAGGACAUGAUUUCUAAACUGCCACCACUCCCUUAUUUUCAGGCCCACCUACACAAAUCUUAUAUCAAAACGUUCAGCUAUCCCUGCUGCCACUAAACAUGUCAACGGCUAAGCCGUAGUCCUGAUAGUUUUCACAAUAUGACCAUUUGUUUGCAACCAACGCCGUCCAUUGACAUUCAUUGAAACUUCACUCUGCAAAGCUCAAAUUUGAAGUGCAAUUUCUAAACUGCGACUGUGCCUUCAAUUGUAAUACUUCAGAGACAUACUAUGCAUCAAAAUGUAGGUCUGGGUCUUGUGAUUCUCACAAUAUAAAGCUCUUCGCUGUAGGAUUUAUAGUUUUUAAAAUACGACCGUUUGAAGAUGGCAACCGCCAAAAUACUCUGACCUGUCAAGGCUGCAGCAGCAAGUGAUGUCAUAGACAGGGCCUUUUGAACACCUUCUAAUGUUUUAUAAAUGUAUGGUUUAAUGUAACUGUGCAACAACGUUGCAAUUAAAUGUGUUAUAUAAAUGAUAACAGUUACGCCGCCCACUCCAGUUGAAGACUACAGGUGGAGGCAAGAACACUUCACACAAUUUCCCCAGAAAUUGUAGCUUUUCUAGUUUAUAAUUAUUCUCUUGAGAAGACUAAUCACAUGGGUUUAAUUAGAUACCACAAAGGGAUUAGUACUAUAACUCCCAUCCCAGCUGGGUGGAGGUCUUCCUAUUUAAUAUUAUACUAAAGACACUAGGCCACAUUUGUUUUCUGUGAUAUCCAAGUAGACCACGUGGGUCUGCUUGCACUGGCCCCGUCCACGAUCUGCCUCCUUGGCUGAACUCAAAAUUGAUGAUCUCAAUGCCAAUCACAAUGCUUUUCCCUUCCUCCUAGAGAUGCAUUGAAUCAUAGUGUCUCCAUAUUGGGAGGGAUUGGAGUGUAUUAUCAUGGGAUUUUGUGUAUAUACUUUUUCUAUCUCGCAUAUCCUAAUUUUACACUAGAUUCUCCGACCCUGCACACACAGUCUGACUAUCUUUCUAUAUAUUCAUUAUAACGAAGGGUUAUGCCCUGUUCAGUUUUAGUGCUGACUGGACAUACUUUUAGUAUUUUCACUCAUGUUAGAUUUAUUAAUAACCCUAUGUUUGAAUAAAUCUAUAUUUAUUUAUUUUUCCCCCCCCCGGUUUAUAUGCUCUCCCUCCUGCUGUGUUCUGAGUAUUGUACAGAGAGCAGUCAGUUUAUCUUUUUUAUACUAAAGGGCGAUCUACAUUACAAAUUGCCAAGAGGAAUAAAUGAACUUUUUGAUGCAAUUUCUUGAAAGUUAAUUUUGUGUCCAUUCCCCUUUAAUCACCGGAAUUCUCUCUCUCUCUGUAUUUGUCUUUGGGGGUUCACUUGCAAUGUCAUGAUUAAUGAUGGAUUCACUUUAAUGCCAGAUCAGAUUAUGACAGACUGUCUGUUUUCUAUUACUGGGGUUUAUCGGCCAAAUCUUUGCGGUUUAUAAAGGAGUGUCUGGGAUUUAGAACUAGAUCGAAUUUGGGGUCAGGAGUUGACACUCCCUCCGUUACUGUGUUUUGAUGGUUCAGCUGUCGUCCUUAGCGAGCCCUCAAUAAUCUGCUGCUUACUUUAGCUAAGAAUGUCAACAAAUGGCUUUUUUCGUGGCAUCUUGUAAAUUCUCCUUUCUUUGUUUCUUUUCCUGGCAGGAGGGGAAGUGAAGCCCAUGUGUCGAUCGCACAGCGAGACCACCAGCGAGGGCCUGGCAGACCAGUGCCGGCAUCAGCGUAGCCGAGGGGAGCACCGAAGGCACACGAUCACCAACGGGGUGGAUUAUAGCGUGGUGAGUGCGGCACAGGUCUGGCACCCUGCCCUGGGGUAAUGGGCUUCUCAAAUGGCUUAAUCAUGAGAUCAUUUCUUUUCAUGGACGGAUAGUUUUAUAAACACGCUCUACAUCUUGUGCUAAUGUUUUGCAGAUCUGCUCCGUGGUUGUUGUGGUGGUGUGUUUUUUUUUUUUUUUUUGUUUUUUUUAAGAAAUAAUUUUUAUUAAAGAGUUUCGUUAACAUUGACUGUCUCCUGGCACAGACAAGUCAAACAACCAUUUCAUCUACGCUGAAUAGUGGCUAUAAAAAGCUUGUCUGUCUGGGCCUCAGGUUCUGCGGGUUACAUUCUAACCUUGAAAAAGGGCUUAUUAUAUGAUCCACCUGAAUAAAACAAACACGGAUGUGUUACUUUAUUUUGUAUCUAGACAUCUGAGAGACCUUUAGCAUUGUGAUAAGCAUAUGGCAGUAAGAUUUUUAUUGUAAAGUGCUGCGGAGUAAGCUGGCGCUAUAUAAAUACUAAUAAUCUUGAUUUCCCCUAUUUCUCCUCAUUAUGCUCUGCUGAAUCCAGCCCCCCCCCCAGGGAAUGUGAGCUGUGUGCAGGCAGUGGGCAUGGUGCAUAAACAAGUAGCUUUAUUUGCCUUUGAAAAGUGUCCUUUGCAUGCAGAUAGCUCAUCCGUAUGCAUCACAAGCUGCUGUCUGCAGGUCUGGUCUGCAGGUGGUCCCCACGGAAGGAGGGGAGUGCUGGGGGCUGGGUAUUUACUGAAGACGUGCUUUUAUAGAAGGAAAAACAUGUCCGCUCCAUGGAAUGUAACCCGAAGCUUAUCAAUAUAUUAUCAUUUUUGGAGGAAAAAAUAGGAAACUUUAAAAUAUAAAAAAAUUAUUCAGAGAAGAAAUUCAUUAUGUACAUCAGAGCAGCUUGCAGGCAAGGGGUUAAAGCAGAGAUGAUGAAAAAGGUAGACCUUGAACUGUUAUAGAACUUAAAGUUCCUCAAUGAUGUGCCAGUCUUAAUGCUCCAUAACCGGUAAAGAAUCACGGGGUCCUUAGUACUGCAGCGGAUGGGUAUCUAACAUUUAGCUGACCCUGGCUUAACGUAUAGGACAAAAGUCAGUUCCUGACAAAAAAAUAACUGAUACUCCGGUUGUGAGGUAUAUAGAGCAGGGGUAGAGAACUUUGUCAGAAAAUUAAGGGAGAUGUAGCCCGCAUCUGGAGUGCCAAAGGCUGUUUAUUUUCGGUAUAGCCUCCAAUUCCUUGCAUCCUUCUAUAGGACACUGUGCUGUUAACAGAAAUAUAUUCCCUCUCUACACUCCCGUAGGGCUAUAAAACAUUUAGUGACAUAUUUUGCUAUGUAGAUGUUUUUCCGGUAGCACAAUUUUGGGGACACUGACAGGUGAUACAUCCCUCUCCUUUCAUAAUACCUCUUAUCAUUUUCUCUCAAGUACCCCUGACCCAACAACCUCAGCCUAACCCCCCUCAACUCAGGAGGAACCUUAAUUCUAUUGACCUCUAGCAGCUGUCAGCUGAUAUUGAUUCACAACUGCUAUCCAUCCCUUCCCUCACUGGCCAUCUCCACAUAUAACACUACCCUCACCUCUGCCUUGAACGCUGCAGCCCUGCUCAAACAAGCACCUUGAGGAGGACUGUAGCGGAUGUAGUAGUACAAUCCACGAUAUCUCCGCAGGUAGUCCUAGUCAGAAUACAGGUAACGUAAAUAUAAUCCCUUUUUCCCAAUGACUGGACGACACACAGUUUGGGAGUCAACUUUUAUUGCACCACAACCGUUUAUAUAAGUCUCCAUGCAAGGGGUUUCCUUAAUAGUAUUUUAGGGGUUUUUCCCUGGUGGACUCUGGAAAACUUAACAUGCAAUAAUAUCUCCCAUCAUGCUUCUCUGUACUGGAGAGAUAAUUGCGUAAGAGUACACCUUUUAAUUACAUUCUCUCCGUACAUAAAAGUAUUCAAUAUAACAUAAAAAUACAUAACUCCCGAAAUAUACAUCUGAACUUGCCGAAAGACCUCAUUCAUUGAAUGGCUGGGAUCUGAGCGCACGAUCUUGCGAAAUACCGCUCAGAUCCGUUCGUUAGAACAGAAAAAGCCAUUCGAAUGGAGUUAUGGACCGGUCAGCCACGAGGCGCGAGCCCCAAAAUAGUUCCAGGUAUUUGGCUACUUUUACCGGUCUCCAAAUGAACCAAUCCAUGCAUUUACUGGCUAGUGCAGUAUAAUUAGUUUGUGGGGUUGAUUUUACCGAAUGCUGCUCUCUUUCGUCUAAAGGAUCUGUCCAUAAGAACGGCAUGGAAGUCCAGCGGUGUUCACGAGGUCGAGUAGCCGAUUUUGGUUCCAGGCACUUGAGGACCAAACACCGCUGGGCGUUCGCGAGCAAAGAUGGCUGCGGCCACCCAUCUUAUCACUAGAGUUUUGCAGUUUAUACAAUGUUACCAGUGGUUAAUUGGAGACACACGACUCCCUUGUGUGGUCUCCCAUUCGGCAGUUUAUUCAUUUCACAAACAAUUUGUCUCAAUCUUGUUAGUGAAACUGGCAUAUGAAGGUCUAUGAACUUUGCGUAAAAAGUUAUACGAAUGACCCCAGUCUUUUAGAUGAAACAGUGGCUAGUUUUGCCACAAGGACACUCCCCCAUGCAUGGCCUACUAAAUUACCACACCACCUGCAAAGAUGCUCCCGUUGUGCUGAAUGCUCCUGGAGGAAGUCAUGCACCCAGUCAGACUUUCUCCAUUAUAGAUUCAUAUUGUGUUCAUAGAGCGCAGUCCUUGCCCUCACCAAACAGUCCUACUUUUCCUCCUGCAAUCCCAGGUGUCUCUUUGAUACCUUUAACUCUCUUCUUCACCCUGCUGUGGCCACCCCCCAAACUAACCUUACAGCCAAUAGCUUUGCAUGCUACUUUACUGACCAGAUAGAACAGCAAGGUGGGGAGAAUUCUUUUCUUAGCUGUUCACUUUCUCAACCACACGUUGAUUAUGCCUUUCCUACCCUUCAGACUUUCUCCCUGGCUACUGAACAAGAGGUGGCUGCACUGCUCCUUAUCUCUCGCCCCACCACUUGCCCGUUUGAUCCUGUCCCAUCUUACCUUAUCAGAUCUCUCUUCCCCGUCUUGUGCCUUCCUUAACACACAUCUUCAACUCCUCUCUCUCUCUUCUGGUGUUGUCCCUGCUGACAUUAAACAUGCCACUGUAGUACCUAUCCUGAAAAAACAUCUCUUGACCUGUCCUCCCCCUCGAUCGUCCCAAAUCUCUGCUCCCUUUUUCCUCAAAGCUUCUGGAAAGACUUGUCUUUACCCGCAUGUUUCACUUCCUCCAUUCCAACUCUCUCCUUGAACCUCUUCAAUCUGGCUAGCGCCCUCUCCACUCUACUGAGACUGCUCUCAUCAAAGUUACCUAAUGACCUAAUCGCAGCUAAAUCCAAAGGCCACUACUCCAUACUAAUUCUAUUUGACCUCUCUGCUGCCUUUGACAAUGUUGAUCAUGCUCUCCUUCUUCAAAACCUUCAAUCACUUGGUCUCUCUGAUUCUGUCCUCUCGUGGUUUUCCUCUUAUCUCUCCCAAGGCUCAUUCAGUGUCUCCUUUUCUAAUGAUACCUCCUCCCCUUGUCUUGUCUCGGUUGGUCCUUGGUCCCCUUCUAGUUUCGCUUUAUACUGCCUCUCUUGGCAAACUUAUUACAUCAUUUGGAUUCCUUUACCACCUGUAUGCUGAUGACACCCAGAUAUACCACCCCUACCCUGCCGUCCUGCAACAUGUCACUGCUUGCCUUUCUUCCAUCUCUGACUGGAUGUCCUCCCGAUUUCUGAAAUUCAAUUAACUUCAUGGUCUUCCUAAAAGCGGUAUUGCCCCGCUACAGUCUGUAAUGAAUGCUGCCGCCAGACUGAUUUUCCUCUCUAGUCUGUCCUGUCACACAUCACCUCUCUCAGUCCUUACAUUGGUUUCCUAUAUCCUAUAAAAGUCAAUUCCUAGUGCUAACUCAUACCUAGUAAGCAUUGAACAAUUCUAGCCCCACUUAUAUCUCUUCACAGUUCCAUAGGUAUGCCCUUUCUCGGUCUCUCCGCUCUGCACGUUACCUUCUCCUGUCUGCUGCUCGCACCCGUACGGCCAACUCGAGCUUGCAGGACUUCCCGCGGGCGGCUGCCUACCGCCAUCAGACUCUUCACUCAUUUAAGAAGUGUCUUAAAACCCAUCUCUUUAGGAAAGCUUAUGGCCUCCCAGAGUAACCCCUACCUUACAUACCUGUGUCUCGCUCUCUCCUCCAGCUCUGCUUCACUCCCACCUUAUUUGAUUGCUAUUUCCUGUCCUAAUGUGUUUUAUACCCCACCUCCUAUAGACUGUAGCUUGUUUGAGCAGGGUUCCCUUCAAUCUAUAGUUUCUGUAAGUUUUCUUGUAAUUGUCCUAGUUAUAGUUAAACCCCCCCCUCUCAUAAUAUUGUAAAGUGCUACCGAAUCUGUUGGCGUUAUAUAAAUGGCAAUAAUAAUAGUAGUAAUUACUGAUCACACGGCUGUUUUAUGCUGUCAUCGCUAAUUAAGCAUGUUACUCCCAGGCUGGUAUAAGGUCCUAAUUUAAUUGGUUCUUGUGGGAUUUAGAAAAUGUUUUUAAAAAUCCUGCAAAGUUGAUUUGUGAAGCAGGAGAGACACUAAUGCAUUAAACAGAUGUCCCCUUCAAAGGUGUCUCCACCAUGACCUUAACUGUAUGAGUAGUCCUAAUGUUCUCCAAUCUUUUUGGUCAAAGAUGCUCUGCCCAGACAGUCAGAAGGGCAAGUACAAUAAGCCAAUGUUUUGUGCAUUUAAAACCAAUACAAAGGUAUUACUUCAAAAUUAUUCUACGGUAAGUUUGAGGUUAGCUGUUGUACUUUUAACAUUUAUACAGAUUAUCAUUGUCCUGAUUACCAGUAGUUGUUAUCUUGUCCUCCAGCUGAAAAAAAUGAAGGAAUUGGAGCAAGAUAAGGACUUUCUGAUUCAGGGGCUGGAGAUGGUGGAACGAGCUCGUGAAUGGUACCACCAGCAAAUCCACACUGUACAGGAGCAACAGAGAAACCUUGGAAAGACCCGAACGGUAAGCCUAAAUGAAGACUUUUCCAAGAAGGACUUUAUACGUGUCUGUGGGUUGGGUAUUUUUUUUUUAUAUAAAAGAGUUCAUCGGGGUAAUUUCCAAACCCGAAGAAUGCUUUUUAUAUAUUACAGCUUCUAUUUGUGGCAGCAGAUGGUAGGUGGAAGGAUAGUAAAUAUGCCAUAUUUCUGGGUGGUGAAGGAGUGAUAAGCGUUCUACCUUGACCCAGAAAGCUGUAACUGGUGGAUAAGCCCAUGGGGCCAUGAUAUAGUUCUGUUUGGGUUUAUGUGCAUUUCCAAGAAGCAUCUGUGGGGUGGAGUCUCAAUAAGGAACUGCCGUUGGGGCAGAAGUAAGCAUAAUGCUGCAUUAUUGAGACCUUUCUUGAGAUGUGGUGGCAGGAAGUCGUUUGAUAAGGUGUAGGCUAUAUCCCUAGUAAGGUGUGGUACGUUUCGUUUCCUUGCAGGAUUAUAUUUGUGAUGGUGUCCAUGGAUCUCCAUUCUCAUUGCUCCCUAAACUACAGGAAGUUAAUCGUUGCCUGAGUGACCUCAUCGCUCCUGGAAAGGUAAGCCAGUAACUGUUCUCCCACCUCAGCCCCUACGCGUCAAAUUCCACAGCAGCACAGCCAGUUAUCUGUCUUAGGGCAAAGGGACAAAAAAAAAACUACUCUCGUCCCGUUCAUUGUAAUGAGUGAGUGCACUUUGGGGAAACUUUUUUUUUUUUUAUUUUUACUUAUUUUUAUUUUAUUUUUUCUCAACACACCCUCUUAAAGGAACACUAUAGUCUCCUAAAUUACUUUAGCUAAAUAAAGCCGUUUUAGUGUAUAGAUGAUUCCCCUGCAAUUUCACUGCUCAAUUCACUGUCAUUUAGGAGUUAAAUCACUUUGUUUCUGUUUAUGCAGCCCUAGCCACACCUCCCCUGGCUAUGGUUGACAGAGCCUGAAUGGAAAAAAAAACAAACUGAUUUCACUUUCAAACAGAUGUAAUUUACCUUAAAUAAUUGUACCUCAAUCUCUAAAUUGAACUUUAAUCACAUACAGGAGGCUGUUGCAGGGUCUAGCAAGCUAUGAACAUAGCAGGGGAUAAGAAAAUCUUAAUUAAACAGAACUUGCAAUAAAGAAAGCCUAAAUAGGGCUCUCUUUACAGGAAGUGUUUAUGGAAGGCUGUGCAAGUCACAUGCAGGGAGGUGUGACUAGGGUUCAUAAACAAAGGGAUUUAACUCCUAAAUGGCAGAGGAUUGAGCAGUGAGGCUGCAGGGGCAUGUUCUAUACACCAAAACUGCUUCAUUAAGUUAAAGUUGUUCAGGUGACUAUAGUGUACCUUUAAACUACUAAAAGAGUUGAUAGGUUGGUGUUUUUUUUUUUUUUGUUUUUUUUUUAUAUAUAUAUAUAUAACUGUCCUUUAUGAUACAAUUUGUCCUUCUCAAAUAGACAAAUUGAAAAAUUUAGGCCUGAUCAGCGAAUUUGGAAAAUAGUGGACUUUAAGUCUGAAUGAAUGUUGCAAUUCAGCUUCACGCUCUAUAAUUCAGUGUGUAGGGAAGAAACACUGUGGCUUAUGAGAGGGUUAGCUGAUCUAAUAUAAAACAAUACGCAUCCAGACUCUGGGAUUGUAAGGCUGCGUGUGAGCAUCCAAUCUUAUAAGGGGCACUUUUUUUAUCUUUGCCAUACCAUCACCAAUGAGUGAGAGAGGUAUGAAUAACCAAUAUAAAUUCAAUGUAUUUGACAGGUUUGCCAUCAAUAUGCUCUAUUUGUGCAUGCUCAAAUGGUAAACAUUUUGCAUAAUGUUGCACUAUAAGCCGCACAGUCACUCCAGAAACAGACUUCUUUAUCAGCGUAUGUACACAGCUCAGCCACUGACAAACAUAUUCUACCAAACACAUUAAUGUUGUAUUGGUUCCCAGAGUCUCCCUUUAAGUAACAUUUAAACUGUACGACAAUCUUUGCUGACCGGAAAAGGCACAAUAACUGCCAUAAUCAGAGGAUGAUGCUAGGAUGUAGGUUGUAAUUAGACUGAGUGGUUGUUGGUAGGAUUAAACACUUUAAAUCAAAGGUUUGGAAGGAGUGAUUUAAAAAGCCCAGUAUUUGAGGCAUAAAUGUUUGCGUUUCCUUGUUUCUGCGCAAAUAAUGUUUUUUAUUUUCAAAUUUUCGGGCAGAGGUUAAAGCAAGCUGAUCACCUUAGUAGGACAUACAUUGCCUCCUUAUCUAGCAAAUUCCAUGUGCACUGCUAACAGAUUUAUUACAAAAAUAUAAAGAAAUAAAUUACAAUUUUUUAUUUUUUAUUUUUAUAAAUACCAUUUAAUAGAAAACAUGUGCUCUUUCUCCCAAAUGAGAACCUCCUCUGGUGUGUUGCAACGCUCGGUCACUCUAGAUGGCGCCAUCCCAUCACAUUCUAUAUGGCUAUUAAUAAACCAGGGGUUGGGGGCAGGGAAUUUCCGAUAUAUUGUCAAAAUAACCAAAGUGUGGAUCAAGAAUUGGAUCAUUUUUUUUCAAUUUGAUUAUUUUUUGGAUAAAAGUUGGAAAUUCCCUCGUCAAUAUACAGUUUAAUAAAUAAAUAAUCUUAAAGCAACAUGUUGUUCUGAAAAGCUGCUAUCCCACUCGUGUCCAGCAGAUGGAGACUCUAAGCCCUAUUUCCAAAUUAAGAAUGCACAUCUUUCACCCUAGUGAGAGAAACUAUUUGAUUAUGUGUUCCAAAUAUAUUAGCUCCCACAUAUGAGCAGUAUAAGACUGCGCAACUUUCAGCCUUUUUCCCCACUCAGUAUUUAUGGCUUUUAACAGUUGUAGUUAUUUUUCGUAUUGACAUUUGUAUAGCGCCAACUUAUUCCGCAGCGCAGUACGAUAUUCAAAAUGGGGAAAUUCAACGAUAAAUGAGACCAUUACAAAAUGUUACGGGAACAUUAGGCUUAUGAGUACCCUGCUUGAACAAACUUACAAUCCGUUCUUUCUUUCUGUCCUGUAGGCCGGUACGGUGUCCCUCUCAGUACCUGGUGGCCAACCGGUGCCUCUGGAUUCCGUAGUAAGGCAACAAACUAUUAACAUGUUGAAGGAGCAGAACCGACUUCUGACGAAGGUACGUAAUCAGCUCAUUGUUUUCUUCAAGUAAUAUCAUGGUAUGGCUCUGGGUUGGUUUCAUUUACUGCGACCAAAAUCGUCAUGACACUUUGUGAUCUGGUUGGAAAUAUUAUUUAAAUUUUACUUGGGCUUUUAAGAUGAAAUCUUUGGCUGGUUACUCCAAGCACCAUGACCAUUUCCGUGAUCAGAAGUGGUUAUGGUACCUGGAAUGUGUAUGAAAUAUGUUUCUUUAUGAAAUGAUGCACAUACAUACGGAAUGUGUAGAGUGAAUGCUGCACCGAGCUCAGGGUGCUGAAACCGUGUGGUCUGCAGAGUUUUCUCUUAGUUGGCCAGUCUGCAUGAUUGGCACAUGGCCUCUAGUGAAUCCACUCCAUGCUGACCCACUGCCCUCCCAGGUGCAUCACUGGGCCACUGACUCUUUACAAGACGUUGGUGCUGAGGGGUUAUAGAUCUGGUUAAAAGGUGAAAGCAAGUAAUUUGCAUAGGGUAUGUGUAUAAAUGCAUGCUGGCCUUUUCCCACCAGGUACAGGACACAGGUGAACGAGUGUUUUCCUGGCACUAUAGUGGUCCUUUAAUUCCGUCCUGGUGAUGUCUCAGAUAUCUGCAAAUUCAUUGAAUCAAAACACAUUAAAGGCCCAAUGUAUCUUUACUGCUUGAUGCAUUGCAGCCUGUGUUCUUUUAGUGAUGUGCAUUCUUGUAUACCCUCCUUUCUUUUUAUUUUGUUUGUCCCCCCCCCACAUUAUUCCUCUUAAGCUAGAAUUGGCAUACAGACUGACCCCAGUGUCUCCCUUCCUCUCUCCCAAUCUCUGCAUUUCAGGAGGUGUCUGAUAAGAGCGACCGAAUCACGCAGCUGGAGCAGGAGAAAUCGGCCUUAAUAAAACAGCUGUUUGAAGCGAAGGCUCGAAAUAACCCAGACACCAGUCCCAUGGACUCUACUUUUAUUUAGCCGAUCCAGGACCAUCUCUGCUUUGGGGAGGAACUAUUUUUUUUUGCACAUUUUGACCAGAGCCUAUGCCCGUGUCCGAGACACAGAGUACUGUACUGGGUGGAAGUGUGCUUAGUGCAUCUGCUGCGUAAUACAGCUUCCACCAAAACAAACAUUUAAAAAAAAAAAAAUACGGAUCAGGACUCCUUGUUUUUAGAAUCAUUUAAAUCUGCUGCUUUUUCUCUCACUGGUACGCGCUCAUCGAUAAUUAAAGGUACACUCCGUACGCUGACUAGCAACGUGUACACAAUGAAUUACUACCUAGAGCUAUGUUUAUCCCUUUAAUUACCAGGCAGUUUAUUGCAAUGUGGAAUGUUGGUGCCUCCUGCUGGCAAUUUGUUAAUAUUAGCAUAGAGGUUUAUUCACUAAACUGGGAUUUGUGGAGAUUUACCGAGGAAAUCUGAGACUUGAAAAUAGCUACACUAGAAAAAAUCUAUUUGAAAAUUUCAGUUACUUUGGUCUAAAUCUUGUUUUGGCAAUUGAUUUGUCAAUGGUAAGUGAAUAAAUCCCCUUUAGUGUAAUGUAUGUAAAUAGUCUUUUGACACCCAACACUCCAUGUCUUAGCUUCAAGCUGGGCUGCAGGAGGCAGAAAGGUGUUUGUGACCUCAUCAAUUAGUCUAUUAUGUAUAAUAUGUCUCUAAAAUGUUAUCAAGUCCUGUUUACAAGCACAUAUGGUUCAGAACUAUGUUUGCCAAUUUUUGGGGGACUUUUCUUAACGGUUUGGUUGCUAAUACUUCUUUCUCACUCCAUCUAACUUAGAAUUCAUUUUGCUGCUUUGAAUGCAACCAUUCUGCCAAAAUGAUUAAUCGUUUAACUCCUUGACACUGAAAGAGUGUGAGGAUGUGGGAUUUUCUUUAUUUUUGAGGGGUAGAUUAAAAGUUAAAGGUUAUCCUUAUUUGAGUGGGAUAUCGCUCUGUCUGAUGUGUCAGAGCUACAUGAAGAAUAUUCACACAUUUCUGACAUAUAUUUGUGACAUGGCUUGUUUAUAUCACGCUGAUAUCCAACCUAUCUGACUGCGGUGAGCCAAUAACGUGACUAUUAUCACAGGCAAAGGAUUCUGGGAGCGGAGUUAGUCAUCGCCAACCAUCAUACGUAUGAUUGGUAGGAAGCAGCUAUCCAUUCACUUUAACCCCUUAAGGACACUUGACAUGUCAUGAUUCCCUUUUAUUCCAGAAGUUUGGUCCUUAAGGGGUUAAUAUCCAAUGGAAUAGAUUUUUUUCCCAGAAGGCUUAAUCUCUGUUUACAAACAUUUCACUGCUUUUAUUUUGUAUACUUUAGGCUAAACUUUUAAAUCCACUUCGAAUUCACCUAGAACUCCUGCUAAUGACCGGUUUAGUUAAUCUGCCUGUUAAAGGAACGCUAUAGCAUUAGGAUAACAUGCUUGAGUGUUCUAUAACUUAUUUAUGAUCUGAGCUUCCCCCUUUCACUCUUCAUUUUUAUUUUCUGGGGUGAUGGUCUUGCCACCGCUGCCCUGCCUCCCCUGUUUGAUCUCAUCAAUCCUGAUAAAAUUUACCAAUAAAAAAAAAAUGUAAUUUUGCUACAAAAAGUUGGGGUUAGGUGUUAGACACAAUACAUUCAUACAUUAACAUGAAAAACCCACUGUUUAUACAGUUACAUUGGAUUUAAAAUCAUUUAGCUCCCUCUGAGAAAUCCCAGCACAUUAAUAUAUAGAUAUACCGUAUGAAUAAAUAGAGUGAGACCCCUUUUGUUAAGCAGUCACUUUACAUAAGCAGUUUGCAGUAAUCCUUUGUGAACGGCGUGUUUACAGUCUGCACCUUUAAAUUAAAGGAAACUUGUUUACACUGUGCCCAGACUUCUUUUAGAUUUGUUGGUUACUUUGUCAAUUCUAUCAUUCGUUUUUACUUCAAUCCACAAUAUGUAGAGGAAAUUAAUGGCUUUCUUACUCGGAUUAUAGACUUUAUGGGAAUGUCUUUUAUUUAAUUGUUUGUUUUUUUUCCAGCUUUUAAUUUACUGUUUCAUUAAGAAAAAUAAUAAAUGAGAUAUUAAAACCAGUUAAAAGAGGAGGAAACAUCGAAUAAAUGUAUCUGUGUAGUUUUUGUAUUCCCCCAUGCUUUCUCACAAAUAGGGUUUUGUAAAAAAAUCCAUUUCAGAAUAGGCCAAUGUGAUUGCUCCCUGAAAACCCUUUGAAAUCCCCAUCUGUCAUACAACACCCACAAUGCUUUGCCUGCUGGGGAUUUACCACUUGCCCAGAGUGUAAAGGGGCCAGCCCGCGUUCGAAGGAGAAUUCUGAUCAGCAUGUUAUCCUUCGCAGCGGGCUGCUGAGCUGCUGCACCAAUCAGAGGAGAGAGGGGUCGGCACCAUGACAUCACUGGCAUAACCCCAUCACAACCAUCAUCCAUCCAAGGGAGAAGGGUCCAAAGGAGGACAAGCAAUGCAGCACUACUCUACGCUGUCCAGUUCGGCACAAGUGCCAGCCAUCUGCCUGCCCAGCAGGGGACCUGCCAGGCCAGCAGCAGUUUGCCUUACCCAACGUCCAGCCACCUGUGUCCACCAAGAUCUCUGUGCGUAUGUGUGCAUGUCUGCCUGAGUGAGAAUAUUCUGAGGAAAACUCUGACUGUUCCACAGUUACCAUCCAUUCUCAUUAUCUGUGCCACCCCCCUCUUCAAUUGGUGUUUCGAACUCUUUAUAUAUCCCACUUUAUUUCCAGUCAGAUCUGAUGUAACUGGGCCAUUGUAGACCACAGCUAGCUCUGUCCUAUCACGGACUUAUAGGAUGCUGUGUCCAGCCACCAGAGGUGGAGUUAUCCCACAAAGCUAAUUAUAGCAGUUUAUAAAAAAAAAAAAAAAAAACUGCAAUAAUUAUCUUUGCAGGAGUAAGGGUGCUUGAAUGAGCUGAAGUGGUCUGGGUGCCUAUAGUGUCAGUUUAACGCUGUCCGCACCUCUAACACUGCAUGAUCAGUUGGUGAAAGCGGACAUAAUGAGUUUGAGAAAUGGGAAGUAGGGACAGGGGGCCGCACCUACACAGCCAAUGACCCUGCCAAGGACCAGCGCCCUUUCAAACAGCCAGCAUACAGUGAGCAUGUCUGUCACCGAGCUAGCUUACUGCCUGUGUCAUUUAAUUUUACAUUGAAAGUACAAACAUUUUGAAUUAAAUUUUUUUUUUACAUUUUAUGUUUUGUAUUGUGCAUAGACCUGACUGGGCCUAGGGCAGCACACCUCCUAUUUACACCGGUGGGUGUAGGGGUAAUAUACAAUGCUACUACCACGUAUGUAACUUUAUAAGAUGAGACAAAAUGACUAAGAAUGCACAAAUGGUGUUUGUGUCACUUUAUUUAUUUUGCAAAAACAAUACAUCUGGAAUCGGGAAGAAUUAGAUGGUGAUCUGUUGUAG